AUGAAUGCACGUUCUUACGAUCUCCCCCAACGCAGUUUUCGUUUCAAGCAUCGUGCUCGUUCUUGGAACAUCACGUUCGGUCCUGGUGUUCAAGUCGCCUUGGCGCAAGAUCUCGUUGUUGCACCGGCAACACCCCUGGCCUCAUUAGUGACGUCCACACUGUCGUUCAGCUCAACCCCUGCAACCUUUGUCUCCUCUGCUUCUAGCUCGCCAGGGAAUUCAAGUGGUCCUUCAGUGCCCUCUGGAAUCUCGUCCACCUUAGUGCCAUCAGCAGCAACAUCAACGAGUUCCAGCUUGAACUCAGCACGCAUAAGUUCUACCUCGUUCAGUUCCGCUGCCGUACAACAGACCCUCAGUUCACCUAGUCCUUCUCUGGGCUACGUCCCUACGGUUUCAACUUCGCCCACAGUUGUGGGAUCUAUACCUGGCCCAGUAGCAGUCGUAACCAGCAAUCCUUCAACGAUCUCUCAGCCAUCGGCAACAGCGAUUUCGACUGCUUCUUCUGCGACGAGUAUAACUCACAGUCCUGCGUUGUACAUCGGUAUUCUGCUUGGGACAAUAGUGUUGAUUGCAUCUACUGCGACGGUAAUUGCAUGGUGGAUCCGUAUCAGACAGAGGAAAAGCCGUCGCCUCAAGGAUUUGCAAAUUCGUGUGCCCUGGGCUCGCUCAAGUACAGUUUCCUCUUGUUUCUUCGAAACAGUGCAUCCAGUUGAGGGUCAUUUAUCGAAUAAUGACCUUGAGAAGGGUGAAAAUGAAGACGCAAUGACCUUGCGACAUGGUGAAAGCGAAAAGUUGAAGUUACACUUGGAAUUAAUGGGCGACAGGGAUGUCGGAAUGCCAAAGAGAACGCAAAGUUAUAUGGAGGAAUCGGUUUCGCCUGUCAAGAGAAGAAAACUUCCUGUUCUCAGUGUACCUUCUCCACCACCUAUUCCUUCACUCCGCACGGCAGGUGUUAGUAGCUCAUUGACUUUGUCACCGAACGGCCCUCUUCCGGAAAGUGUUGCAUAUCCGCUUCCCGCAGCCGGCGAGCGGAGAUCUUUGCCAUUACCGCCCUCACCUUUAUACCAGCCAGAGACAGCCUCAGCUGCAAAUUACCCCUAUCGCUCACAAUCGUAUUCAUUGACGGAUCCUCAAGGCCUUCAUCCUGAUUAUCGGAUGCAGCCCCAGUCAGCCUACCAACAGCAGUUUCCUAUAGGUUUCGGAACACCGCGAGAGGUCGUUGUUAAACCGAGAUACCUCAACAUCUUGAAUAGGGAGAAAAAACUGGAAAACGUCAUCGAGGAGAGCGGAGUUCCUGCUGGUCGUCUCAGCAAUUCGCACUCGAUUAUCACUGGUGUUGAAAUCCCUAGGAGCGAAAUCGAGCCGGCCGUUGCACCAUCCGAAUCAUGGACGGCGUCGAUUAGGAACCGUAUGAUGGACGCUUUUAGAUUCUCUUCCUCUGAGGAAUUGCAUGCCUCUGAGCAAUACACUCACCUACCCUUUCCGACACCUGCCCGUGCAAGGAGAGCGUCUAUGCGCAAAGCGGGAUGGGUACAAUAUACUGGUGGAGAAAUAGUUGAUGGUCCUACAGGACGCGAGAGACCAGUAUCUAGUCUCCGCAAUCCAUUCGAUGACGGAUCGGUAGGCCUGGGAAUCGAUAUGUCACAACCUUCCCCAUCGUCAACCCUACCAUCGUCUCAUCCAUGCAUACCGAGCUCGCAACCAUAUCUCUAUUCGGCGUGUUCUCUCAGGUCAUUGCCUUCUGGUUACGCUGCCUCAGUUCAUUCAUAUGGUUCUGCCGCUCCGCUCGUCAACAAAAAGAAUCUCUCUGUGAGAUCUGGGGCUUCGAGACCUGUUUCCAGGGCAUCGUCAAGAUAUAGUGCGAUUUCUAGAACGGGAUCGGUUAUGACCGUUCUGACGGAGAAGGAGGAAGCUGCUGGAAGAGCGCUGAGGGAAAGGUGGGCCAGAGGUGAAACAAGAAGACCGAAGAGGGUGUAG